UGAUUACCAUUAUUUUACGUUGACUAGCGAAGAGAGAGUUGAAAGUGCUAUCAAAUUGUGUUUCGUAAACUGAAUUCGGGAAAAGUAAUAAACAGCAAAGACACAAAAAAUGAUGAAAUUGGCGAGGAUACUUUCAAAAGCUGUGAACGCUUCAAUCGUGCCACACAGUAAAAUUCAUACGAGUCUGACGAGUAGCCUAAAUUUAGUUCCAAUCGUUGUUGAGCAGACGGGUCGUGGCGAAAGGGCUUACGACAUUUUCUCACGUCUAUUGAAAGAAAGAAUCAUUUGCCUAAUGGGACCGGUUCAUGAUGACUUAAGUUCGUUAAUUGUGGCCCAGCUACUGUUCCUGCAGUCUGAAAGCAGCACAAAGCCGAUUCACAUGUACAUUAAUUCCCCUGGAGGUAGUGUCACUGCUGGUCUAGCCAUAUACGACACAAUGCAAUACAUUAAAGCACCAGUCGCCACCUGGUGUGUUGGUCAGGCAGCAUCAAUGGGAUCUUUGCUACUAUCUUCUGGAGCACCCGGAAUGAGACACGCUCUACCAAAUGCCAGAAUAAUGAUCCAUCAAGUUUCCGGUGGAGCUCAGGGUCAAGCGACUGAUAUUGAAAUUCAAGCAGCCGAGAUAAAUAGAUUGAAAAAGAAUUUGACGAACAUUUAUGUUAAGCACACGAAACAACCGUACGAUCUACUGUAUAGCAAAAUGGAACGUGAUCAUUUUUUGAGUGCGGAUGAAGCUAAGGAAUUGGGUAUUGUGGAUACUGUAUUGGAGCACCCGCCGUCAGCCGAUUCGGAGAAGCAGGAAAAGUAAAAAUGGUCUGAGUUUGAGGAGAGAUUUUUUUUAUAUUAUUUGGUUAAAGUUUUAUUAAAGAAACAAAUGCAGUGAA